AUGAACAGCACACUAACCAUUUGCUCCAGCGACUAUAGCUACAGUGCUCAGCCCAACAUGCUUUCCUCAUCUGCCUCUGGAAUCUUUUCUUUUUGUCAAACAGGACCAGCUGACCUUUCUGGCUCGGCUUGGGACACGACAGUUGAAGGACCACAGAACUUUCCUGAGUUUACGGAUGCCACGGAUUACUAUGCUGGAGAAGCCGAGGACUCUUUCUUGCCAUUUGGCCAAAUCACCCCAAAACCGGACCAAGAUGACUUCCACGCCCGCUGGGCUCCUUCCGACAACAAGGCCCUGAAGGCUGAGCCCAUGCGCAGAGGCACCUCGCGCAGCUCCACUGGAAGCCUCAAGAACAGAAACACAAAGCCUUCUGCCACUUCGGUCAAGAAGACUAGGUCAAGAGUACAGUCCAUCCUCACACAGACAUCAUCACAGAUGUCCAAGCUUGACAUGGCUGGUGCCCCCUACUCGGAUGGCCCUGCUGUUGCCGCUGGCCGGAUCAUGGAUGUGCAGCAAUACCUUGCUCAGGAUCUCGACACUCUUUCCGUCAGCGGUGCUGGCUACUACCCCAUGAUGGGUUUCCCGGAUGGCUUGACCUACAGCAACGACUUGGCCCCCAUGGCCCAGCACGUGAACCCCCAAAUCUUUGAUGCCGGUCUCAUCAGUCACUCUCCUCACUCUUGGGGCUCGCUGAGCCCUGUUGACUCCCGCCUGUCUUCCCCUGGUCUCGGCGAUGGUGCCGAAGACUUGUGGUCUGCUGUCCCUUCUGCCUCGUCUCCUGGCGAGAGCCAGAGCUCCAACUCGCCUGUUCUGCCUGGCCAGUCACCAAGGUAUGUUGCGACUACAAAAGCGGUUGAGCUCGGUGCAUUGUCUCACACUAGUGAUUUCAGGAUGAGCCGGAAAAUGGAUGGCCAGUAUGUGACAUCUGACGAUCUUCACCUUGUUCCCGCCAUGGGUGAGGAUGCUUUUGCCCUCCCUCCUGCCUUUGGCGCCCGCCGCAUGAGCGGCGAAGGUGAGUCUGCUCGGGACCAUUACCUCUACAAGAAUGCGUACCCCCACGCGGACGGACUUUUCCACUGCCCCUGGGAGGGCCAGCCGAGCUGCAACCACAAGCCCGAGAAGCUCAAGUGCAACUACGACAAGUUUGUUGACUCCCACCUCAAGCCCUACCGCUGCAAGGUUGAGGGUUGCCAGAACGCCCGCUUUUCUUCCACUGCUUGCCUCCUCCGACAUGAGCGUGAGGCCCACGCGAUGCAUGGCCAUGGUGAGAAACCCUACCUGUGCACCUAUGAGGGCUGCGAGCGCUCCGUUGCUGGCCACGGAUUCCCCAGACAAUGGAACCUCAGGGACCACAUGAGGCGCGUCCACAAUGACAACGGCACCACCGCUCAGGCUGCUUCCCCUCCCGCCUCUGGCGCCACCACCUCUACCCGUGGCCGCAAGAGAAAGAGCGAUGUUCAGGAGAAGCCCGCCCAGGAGAAGACCAGCUCCCGCAAGUCCAAGUCUGAGGCUUCCAAGCCCGUCGAGCCCCCCAUCAACCUCGAGAUCACCCAAUGGUGGGAGCACCAGAGAGCUCUCCAGGACCUCGUUUCCGCUGGCUACCAGCCCGACGACAUCCAGACCUUCCAUUACAUCAAGGAGGCUCAGGACCACUUGACCGCCAUGGACAGGAUCACCCACAACCUCACCGCUAAGCCCGAGGUCCGCCGCGGUUGGAGGAAUUGAGCGAUUGUGAGUCUCACUGCGAGAUCUUCGAGCUAGCCGUGUGACUCUCCCCACGCCGCGCCGAGUGCGCCGGUUUGAUGUGGAAACAAGGUCAGACACAUCGCCCUGGACUUCAACCCCCACGGAUCAGGAUCUCCGAGCAUGCCUGCCAAUCGGUGUACCUCUUUCACCCCCUAUGCUUUCUUUCCUUUUUCCUUGUUUGGGUACGGGCGGACUUGGUUGAAUUUGACAAAAAAUGGAAAAAGACCAAAAAUAUGGGACAGUCUCUUUUGAGGCAAUUGGGAGGAUAGACCUUUUAUGGAUUAUGAUUUAUGAUUUACGAAGAUAUGACGGGGGAUUUGGAUAUCGGAUUGGGAAACCUCAGAUAGAACAUUUUUCGUGUUGGCUACAUGGGCCACACAGACUCAGACACCACGACGAACAGCAUUUCUUUUGUCAUAUUUUUCUUUUGUUUAUGAGGUACGGGAGAUACGGGAUAUGAACACGCGGGUUUUUUUCUUUUUGGUUAUGGAGUUUAAAAGAAAGGAUUUGAGAUUGUUUUUCUGGAAUACAUAGCGCAAAGCGAGAACUUGUUUAUCAAGGAUUUUUUGGAUACCGGUUAUGGGUGUUGUUUGACAUGAAAAAAAAACUGGGAGAUUUGAUGAAAAGGAUAUGAUGAUGACCUGGCGUUUUGUUUUCUGAAGGGAUUUGUAGAAAAGUUAUUGUAGACUUGGGAUAGAUUUGUGUGCUUGUUUGUUUUUAGUUUAGUUUUGCCUUUGUUGUAUAUAUUUUGGCAAUGUUGGAUACCCCCUGUUGUAUAUUGUAUAUUGUUUAGCAGCACAUAGCGUUGGAUGGCAUGGGAUGGCAUGGGAUGGAAUAGGAAAAGGCAAAAGCUCAUGGCUGUUUGUGUCUGUCUGUU